AAAAGAACACAAGAUCCGAUUACAAGAUGGCGGUCUGUGGACGUUAGCAAGGAGGCCGUUAGAGUUGUUGUGUUCUCUUUGAAUUUUACUCUUUAAUAUCAGGCCUUCUGUUUAAUUAAUUUAUGUUGUAAACGGAAUGUAUAGAUGAAGUAGCCACAAAAAUAUCUUACUACUACUGUGAACUUCACUUAAAUGUGCAUGUUUAAUAACAUGCAGGUGGGAACAAAGUUAACAGGUCGAGGAAAACACUAGACGGGUUGAGGUGAUAGCCUGUUAGCAGUCAGCUAGCGUGCUAGCUCCAACUCUUUUAGCCAUGUCGGACACUCGGCGGCGAGUGAAGGUAUACACGCUGAAUGAAGACCGGCAGUGGGACGAUAGGGGUACCGGACAUGUAUCUUCUACGUUUGUAGAACGACUGAAGGGAAUAUCAUUAUUAGUUCGGGCCGAAUCGGACGGAUCAUUGCUGUUGGAGUCCAAAAUAAGUCCGAAUACUGCAUAUCAGAAACAACAGGACACGCUGAUUGUCUGGUCAGAAGCGGAUAAUUAUGACCUUGCCUUGAGUUUCCAGGAAAAAGCUGGCUGUGAUGAGAUUUGGGAGAAGAUUUGCCAGGUUCAAGGCAAGGACCCUGCUCUGGACAUUACCCAGGACCCCAUUGAUGAAUCAGAGGAGGACCAUUUUGAAGAGAUCCCAGAGACAAGCCACUUGGUUGAGCUCCCUCCUUGUGAGCUAAGUCGUCUUGAGGAAAUUGCUGACCUGGUUACCGCUGUUCUGUCCUCGCCCAUCCGGAGGGAAAAACUUGCCCUGGCCUUGAUGAGUGAAGGCUACAUCAAGAAGCUGCUAGGCCUCUUCAGAGUAUGUGAGGACCUGGACAACAGGGAAGGCCUUCAUCACCUCUAUGAGAUUGUGCGUGGUGUGUUGUUCCUCAAUAAAGCAGCUCUUUUUGAGGUGAUGUUCUCUGACGACUGUAUUAUGGAUGUUGUGGGUUGCUUGGAGUAUGACCCAGCACUGGUUCAGCCUAAACGACACCGAGAAUUCUUGACCAAGACAGCAAAGUUUAAGGAAGUGAUUCCUAUCACAGACUCAGAGCUACGACAGAAAAUCCACCAGACCUAUCGGGUUCAGUACAUCCAGGACAUAAUCCUGCCUACACCCUCUGUCUUUGAGGAGAACUUCCUGUCCACACUCACCUCCUUUAUCUUCUUUAACAAAGUGGAGAUUGUCAGUAUGCUGCAGGAUGAUGAGAAGUUCCUAACUGAGGUCUUUGCACAGCUCACAGAUGAAGCCACAGAGGAUAGUAAAAGGAGAGAGCUGGUAAACUUCGUCAAGGAAUUCUGUGCUUUUUCACAAACAUUGCAACCACAAAACAGGGACGCCUUUUUCAAAACUCUGGCAAAUCUAGGGAUUUUACCUGCUCUUGAAAUAGUCAUGGGAAUGGAUGACCUGCAGGUGAGAGCAGCAGCUACAGACAUCUUCUCUUACCUGGUGGAAUUCAGCCCCUCCAUGGUCAGGGAAUUUGUUAUGCAGGAACCACAGCAGACAGAUGACGAUGUUCUGUUGAUAAAUGUCGUGAUCAAGCAGAUGAUUUGUGACUCAGACCCAGAGUUAGGGGGGGCUGUCCAGCUGAUGGGUCUGCUCAGGACACUCAUUGACCCAGAGAACAUGCUGGCUUCCACUAAUAAAACCGAGAAGACAGAGUUUCUGAGUUUCUUCUACAAGUACUGCAUGCAUGUCUUGACUGCUCCUCUGUUGGCCAACACUGCACAUGAAAAGAACUCUAAAGAUCCUCAAGAAGGAUCAACAAAGAUCAACCCUGUGUGUCCAGACAACUUCCAGACAGCUCAGCUCCUGGCGCUGAUCCUGGAGCUUCUGACCUUUUGUGUGGAGCACCACACUUACCACAUCAAGACCUAUAUCAUGAACAAAGACCUGCUCAGGAGAGUUUUGGUACUCAUGAACUCAAAGCACACCUUCCUUGCUCUUUGUGCCCUGCGUUUCAUGCGCAGGAUCAUCGGUCUGAAAGAUGAGUACUACAAUCGCUACAUCAUUAAAGGGAACCUGUUUGAGCCUGUCAUUAAUGCCCUGCUGGACAACGGCACCCGAUACAAUCUCCUCAACUCGGCCAUCAUAGAGCUCUUUGAGUUCAUUAAAGUGGAGGACAUCAAAUCCCUCAUAGCUCACAUUGUGGAUAACUUCUACAAAGCACUUGAGUCCAUCGAGUAUGUUCAGACUUUCAAGGGCCUGAAAGGGCGGUACGAGCAGGAAAAAGACCGGCAGAGUCAGAGACACAACAGGUAUCGCAGAGAUGCACGAUCCAUGGAUGAAGAUGAAGAGUUGUGGUUCAACGAUGACGACGAUGAUGAAGAUGGAGAGGCAGUGGAAAAGAGAAUGGAGGAUGACUUCUCUGAUAGCUACGGCAAAUACAUGGAAGCCAAAAAAGGAGCUGCCAAUGGAGCCACUGGUGCCAACAAUGGGAAAGCUGCAGCAAUCCCACCUUCCUCACCAACUGUUCCUCCAAACAGUUCAUCAUCCUCUGUUAAAACAGUUACUCUUCCUGCCACACCUGUCGUCAAGACUGCUCUGGUUGGUUUGGUGGACUACCCUGAUGAUGAGGAUGAAGAUGAAGAUGAGGAGGAAGACAAGUCUCCAAGGAAGCGACCGCGUUUGAGCUCUUAAGGUUAUUUGUCCUCUCUUGUCUGGUCAUGAUGGAUGGACACCAGGUCCUUGCCAUCCCCUCCUUCUCUGGUCGUCUCAUUGGUCCUCGGCCUGCCUGUGCCACCUGCCAGUUUCUGAAGAGACGGCGAAGACGAGUUCCCGCCUGACUCAGUCCCUCCUGAACUUGGCUCCUCUUUUCUCCCUCAGUGAAAGGAAAUCGAGAGCUUCUCCUCUGGAAAGACAAUUCGGUCUGUUCCUACAGGCUGUUUUUUUUUUUUUUUAACUUCUUUUACAACCAGCCCUUUAGUGGGAGAUGAAUCUCACCAAAUCUCCUUUCUUCUUAAUGAGGAAAUCCAUUGACUUUUUGCAAACUCCUGCCUGCCUGCUCCUCUCUUUUUCACCUGCUUAAUCUUCCUCAUUUACAAUCCUACGUACCACUCAGAGGCUGCAGUGGAAAUCACAUGGCUAGGGUGGUCACUAACUCCACUCUUUCUGAUCCAACAGUAGAAAAGAAGCUGCAGCAAAACAGCAGCCCAGGGUCCCUCAUUAGUUGUUUCUCGCAUUAACAUCCUUCCCCAUCCCGGACCAACAACCUGCAGAGGAAGCCAGAGCACACUCAGCCAGUGGGCGAACCGUUCAGCUGGCCAGUCAGGCUAGCAGGACUAGCCGUCACAGUUAUAGAAAGCUUGACUGGCUGAAGCCACGUGUGUGUGUGUGUCACCUGCCACAGAACCACUUAGUUUUGUAAGAGGUGGAGGGAUCUAGGCAACGAAAUAAAAUUUACAUACUGGAAGAAAAUAGAUGACAAAUCGAACCAGGAUGAACAUUCAUCUGUAACACUGCUUGGAUCCAGCAGAGCAGGACUCAAACCUUCAAAGCCAUGGCAUCAGUUUGAUCAAGGCACACACACAAUAGACACACUGUCUCACAAGACUGUGUUAGCCAGAAGUCAUGUAUUUCAUGAAUUUUUUUAAGUACUGUACAGUUUUUUUUUUUUUUUUUAAUUUCCCUUAAUGUGGUUUUGAAAGCGAAGAGGGAUGCCCACCUGCUUGUGUUACUAUGUUUUUUUUGGUCAUUUGCACAAAAGGUGGGCAUCCCUGUUCAGCCUUUCAGUCCAGUUCAGUUAAUUCAAUGUAAAAUGCGGAGAAGUUGCAAAUGUUGGUUUUUAAAGAAAAUAACAUUAAAACUGCAGUAAAGUCGUUUUUGCAGCCAGUGUUUUGGGGAUGUCUGGAUUUUGUAUUUUAGUCAUUUUAAGAGUUAAACAUCCUUGUUAUGACACACAUCUGAUGAUCAGCCCAGAUUGUGAUUUUCCUGGGUUUCUGACACGAGCUGUUGCAGUGCUUGAAGCAGGUUUAUUGCCCACUGGAGGUCAAGCAUCAGGCCGUCUCUUUCAGGAUCAGAAUUCAGUUUGCUUGUUAAAAAUUUGCUGCUGAGAAUGAUGCUGAGUUGAGGGCUCAGGAGUGAGCUUUGUCCCCGGUUGGAAGGUGUACGAUAUUCACACCAGUGGAUUCAUUGGAGAUCAGCUUUGUCCUACAGUUUUAAAUCUAUAAAAAUUGCAGAUCAGAAACGAGUAUAAAGAAAAAAAAAAAAAACUUAUCAUUUUAAAGAGAAAGAAGUGAACAAGUUGUUUUUAUUAGUUGAUAUAGAAAUGCUCUUCCCGCUGCACUUAAGAUGGUGCAAUUUCUCAGUCUAACACAGAUUAAAAUGUUCGAUCUUUGCUCCUGGUGUCACUACAAUUGUACAGAAGCAUAUAAAGGAUUUAAAAAAAAGCCAGAUCACAGACUUAUCUACAGCUUCUGAUUCGUGUCACGAGCAGCAGGAUUGGAGCACAAGUACAGUUAUUGCCAACAUGCUUGUUGGGAGUUGAGCGGUGAAUUGUGUGUUAGCAUCACCCAACGACAAUUUCUGCUCUGAUGAAUUUGUACCAACUGCAUUUACUGCCACUAUCCAUUCUUAACAUUUGUAUGAAUUUAUUUGAUAAGUUUUGAAAUUAAAUGUGACUCUGACAUUGAA